AUGGCGAAAACGAAGCCCCAACAGUCGAAGGCCAACCGGGAGUCCAAAAAUAUUUUAAACCGCACAAUAGCCACUCCCAGCAAGGCCUCUUCACCGCCCGCAUCUUCGUCGUCUCUCCUCGACCAGGCCACUUCUAAGCUUCUGGAAGGCGAUAUUGAGAGCACUGUUCCAUUGGCACAACGCGCCUUGGGACUAGUUGAUGUAGACUCUGUUGAUGCGCUUCCGGCGUUGAAUUUACUGGGCGAAAUCCACAUUGAGCUCGGCGAUAUCGAGGCCGCGAGGGCCUAUUUCACACAAGCCGUCGAAAUCGACGAGGAGGGCGAGGUCGAUGAGGAGAUCGGAGGCGGGGCUGAGAAGUUCCUCUGGCUGGCGCAGCUGAGUGAAGAGGGAGGUCGGGACAGUGUGGAGUGGUUCGAGCAGGGUGCUAAGGUGUUACGGGCUCAGAUACAGAAGCUUGUGGAGACAGCGGAUGCAAACAAAGCAGCAGAAGUGAAGGCUGUGGUUGCAGAGAAGAGGAGAAAGCUAGCAACUGCGCUAUGUGGAGUUGUCGAGGUGUAUAUGACUGAUUUGAGUUGGGAGGAAGAUGCGGAACAGAGGUGUGAGGCACUUGUCACCGAAGCCACGCUUGUCGGACCAGGCUUCGCAGAGCCGUGGCAGACUUUGGCUAGUGUGCGCAUAUCACAGCAGAGACUCGAAGACGCCCAAGCUGCAUUAAAGCGCAGCAUUGAAGUUUGGAAGGAUGAGGAUCCAGAGAGUGAACUGGUGCCAGACUUCCCAACGAGAGUGAGCUUGGCGAGAUUGUUGAUGGAGAGUGGGAUGGAAGAGGAAGCAAUUGAGGUGCUGGAGAGACUGGUAGGAGAAGAUGAUAGCAGUGUUGAGGUAUGGUACCUUGGUGGCUGGGGACUUUAUAUCUUGGGCGAGAAGGAGAAGGAGAAGGAUGUUAGUGGGGAGGGUCACAAGGUUUAUUGGAUCUCGAGUCGACAAUGGCUGAAUCACAGCUUAAAGCUGUUUCAACAACAAGAUUAUGAGGAUGUGCGCCUCGGAGAACACGCAAAAGAACUUAUUUCCAAUCUGGAGAAAGACCUUGGGGUACUGGCGGAAGGUGAAGAGGAGGAUGACGAGUCCGAUAGUGGCGAUGAAGAUGAGGAAGGUGAGGAAGAUGAGGAGAUGGGUGGCGUUUGA